UGUUUAUUCUCUGAAGACACUGAUGCGCACAACAACGCCUUUCUCCUCUGCUCUCCUCUCUCUGCCCUCCCCAGGUUCCCUCUCGUCUGCUCCAUCUCUCCUCCUCCGCUCAGCACCUGCUCCUCCCCUCCUCGCUUGUUAUCCUCACAGCAGCUCCAAGCAGCAGCAGCAGCAGCAGAGCUCCGACCUCUCCGGGUGAUGCUCUUCGCUGGCGCACAGAUCUGUGGUUCAUCAUCAGCGGGGUUCGCUCCAGCCCCGCUCUCCUCUGGACCGGCUGGUGGGAGGACGGCGGUGAUGAUGGGAGAGUGAGAAGCAGCAGCAGGAGGAGGAGAGGCAGGAGUCCCAUCCGACAGAGGAGCAGGGGGAGGACGGAAGCGGUCCCGCCGGGACGGUGGGCGCAGCGGAUGGAAGAAUAGUUUGCUAUGGACUCAGUGCGCCGUUUUCGGGGUUUGGCGCACAAAGGAGGAGCGCGGGAUUGACUGAGGGGGCUUUCUGCUAUGUGAUGGAGUGACAGGAGGAGGACGGGAACUUCAGCUUCGCCAUGAAAUCUGUGUUUUUGAGCCGUUUCUUCAUCCUCCUGCCCUGGAUCCUCAUCGUCAUCAUCAUGAUCGACAUCGACAGUAAGAGAGCGGUCCGGAGCCCGGCGGCGGGCCGGCACAGCAGGGCGCCGCAGGCCGUCCGAGCCGGUGGGUCCAACCACUCCGCCCUGCCGAUCAUCUACGCCAUCACCCCCACGUACACGCGCCCGGUGCAGAAAGCGGAGCUGACCCGGCUGGCGCACGCCUUCCGCCAGGUGCCCCGCUUCCACUGGAUCGUGGUGGAGGACUCGACGGUGCGCACGGAGCUGGUGGCGCGCUUCCUAGCCGGCUGCAGGGUGCCGUUCACGCACCUGCACGUCUUUACGCACCGGAGGUUCAAGCGCGUGGGGAUGCCACGCGCCACCGAGCAGCGGAACGCGGCGCUCGCGUGGCUCCGGCAUCACCGGAGCCGGCGGGACUCCGGCGUGGUUUUCUUCGCGGAUGACGACAACACGUACAGCCUGGAGCUGUUUGAGGAGAUGCGAAGCACCCAAGGUGUUUCUGUGUGGCCUGUGGGGUUUGUGGGCGGCCGAGCUUACGAGCGCCCCCUGGUGUCGGGGGGUAAAGUUGUGGGCUGGUACACCGGUUGGAGACCGGACAGACCCUUCGCCACAGACAUGGCAGGCUUCGCGGUGAAUCUUCAGGUCAUCCUUGCAAACCCCCGCGCGCAGUUCAAGCGGGGAGGAUCCCAGCCAGGGAUGCAGGAGUCCGACUUCCUUAAGCAGAUCACCAAGGUGUCCGAGCUGGAACCCAAGGCCAACAACUGCACACGGGUGUUGGUUUGGCACACUCGCACAGAGAAACCUCACCUCGCCAAUGAGCCCAAACACCGAAAAGACUCGGUGGUCAUCGAGGUGUGAUCGUUCCACUAACAGCAAAGACCUUUUCUGUCACGGAGGACGGACUUGGUGGAACGGGCCGCCUCGGAUUGUGUUCACCACACAGACUGGAAGAGCUCACACCAUCGUUUUCAAUGCACUGAUAUUUGAACUGAACCAGAAGUGUAAAAUAUCCAGUUUUAAAAAGAUUAUUCUAAUUUUUUUUUAAAUGUCUCCGCGUAUGAAGUCCCAUGAUAAAUCGGUACUGCUUAUAUUCAAAGACUCAAGACAAAAUGGACUCAUCUGCUGCAUCCCGACUCCUUUGUUCUCUGUGUGUUAUUGUUGUCUGAAUACAGCAGGUUUGAAGCUUGUUGGAGGACUGGAGGGAAUUAAGGAGUUGAACAUUUAGCAAACAAAUUUGUCUCUAUAAAGAAAAUAUUUACGUCUCAAACUUGAUGGUAAAACUUUUUCACAUUUUUGGAAUUAGAUAUAGUUUACUCAGCAUGCUAAACACCAAAGUGGUCUCUCACUGGGAAGUGACAGCUAGUGAUUAGAUAAUAUGUAAACUAGAAUCAAUUUUUUAUUGAAGCCACAUUUAACGGGCCUUUCUUAAGCAAAAUUUACUUAUUUGAGCUGUUAAGUGUUUUAGUUCCUCAUGAAAAAACCCUCUAAAGUGGGAUUUCUUCUCCUACCAUGUUCUCUGAGCACUAGCCCCUCCCAAUGCACGAAAAUGAGUAGGUCCUCACCUUGUGAUGUCACAAAGUGGUGAACAGCCCCUUCCAGGAAGAGUCUGCGGAAGCACCGCCCCCAGGCACACCUACAUCCGUUGGUCAGCAAAACGUUUUUAUUUUAGUGUCAUUUUCAUGUUUUUGUGGGUGAAACCCAGACAUGCUGCCGAGGCCGGUUCCAGAUUGAUGUCAUGAAAUGGGCGGCACCCACAAGGAGGGAAAGGCGGAGCCUCAGAGAUUGUCUUAUUUCCAGGUAGUAAAAGUAGCUUGCAAAAAUGACUUAAUAAAAAAUGUGUUCUUUUGUGUGCCAAAGAUAAUAUAUUAUCAUGUAUAUGGAUAUAGUUUACUCUGAAAAGAGCUUAGAAUAGCAUGAUAUAGGCCCCUACAUUUAUAUUAAUGAGCAUCCUUUUAAGUUUUGGGCUAAAUGUCCUUUGGGACAUUUCAUGCAACAUGCCCAGUUGUGUGACAUCCAUGAACUCAUAGUGAUAGAGUCUCAUUUAUGUCUGCAGUCAGUAAAAAUAUAUAGAAGAGAGCAGAUUCCUAUUCUUGGAAACAACAUUAUAAUGUCUUCAAACUCUAUUUUUUGGAUUUCUUAUUUAUGUUAGGUUGAAUCUGCAACACAAAACAUAUGAAAUGUUCAUAAAAUAGAGUUUAGGUGGAAUCCUAGAUUUUUUUAACAUGUUUUUUUAUAUAUAUGACACAAAUAUUAAUGAUAGAUUCCUAUUUUAGUCUCCAGUCACAGUUUUGUUUCCCAACACUUCACAAAUUUUAGUCACUUUCUGAUUCAAUGAAACUAAAUUAACGACAAACACUAGAUUUAAGACGUCUGUCUGUUCAUGAUUGUGUGAGGAUAUGACUGAGCUCCAACAGCUCAUGAGUGGCAGGACACACAAUUGUAAAAGUGUAUCCAAAAAUCAAUUUUCACCUAAAAUCAGGAUGCAAAAAAAAAAACAAUCUCACCACUUACUGCUGAAUUCACCUAGCAAGAUUCCCAAUUAGUUUCAAAGGCUCUGUAAAUGUUUUCCUCUACUAAAACUCCAGCCUUCACUUUAUAUGGUGAAAAAAAACAGAUUUUGUCAAGCUUUCACAUAAACUUCAGUAGAAAUCCUGAGGAAAUUGAGUUUUUAUGCUGUGCUGUAAAAGGGCAGCGCAAUUUUCUCGAUUUCAUCGUAGCUUAAACUGAUAAAGGUCAGCCUGAAGGUAAGAGAUGCAGCCGGCUCAGGAGCCUCACGUACCAAACUCGGAGUGACUUCACGUCUAAAAGUGUGCACCUGAAAAUCAAAUACCCAGGUUUCUUUUUUGUGGUUUUUACAUUUUAGAAAUUUUCAGUCUCAUUUUUCUUCUGUCAUGGCAUUUAUACUCAUGCUUACUCAAAAACGAAUGUUAAUACUUGUAUGCUGGCGUCACUACUAAGAAAAAACUGCAAAGAUGCUCAACAUGACAGACUGUCAAACUUAAAACAAUUUAAAUCCACUGAAGUCUAUUUCAAUAGAUACGUUUAAGUUCUUGAAUUUAAUAAAAGUAUUCUUAAUCUCCAAUAUUAAAGCAAAAGAUUCUAUUAAAACUACAAAAGUAAAAAUAAUUUAAAGUUAUAGGCAAACACAAUAAAAUCAUUUGAUCUCAUCAGAUUUAACAAUUAAAUAAAUCCCUAUGAAAAAAAAAAAACUAUUUAAUUUCUUUAACAAAAAAACUGACCCAAAAUGUUUGGUACCAUCAGAACUCAACGACCUGCAGCACUUAAUUCUGGGUUCAGGAGCAACAUAAAUGAAUAUUUUCUGUAUAAUAUGUCUAUAUGCAAAAAUGUUAUUUAUUCUUUCAGAUGUUGAUUUGCCCCAUUUCCUCUAGCCUCACUUUUCAAAUUAUCUGUAUAAUAAGCCCAUAUUAUCAUGCCUCCACUUCUGUGCUUUACACUUAUUUUGAGAUGUUUCUACCUAAAUGUUCUGUUUGGUUCUGAUCUGAAGAUGUUAUUUUAUAAGUUUUGUGGUUUUCUGCAAUGUUGUGUACAUAUUUGUUGUUGUUUAAUUUCUGUUUAAAUGAAGUGUUUCUCCCAGUAAAUUAAAUGUGUCAGAGCGGCAAACUAACAAACAGCUGCUUUCAUAGUGAUGCCACAAAUGUUAUCUUUGUUAUGACAGAAAAAAAAAUAAUCGCUGAUGUAAAACAUAUGUUGCUGAUAUAAGAUAAAACACUAAAACUCACAAUUUUUCCAAUCAGGUCUUUUCACAAUUAAUAAAUGAGACUAUAGCUUCAUAAGAAUAACUGGAUGACUGAACACUUUGAACAGGACCUGAUCAGGUCAUCAUGGGUUAGUGAUCAAAUGAACGACACAGAUGGAGCAUGUUACGUUGUAUUAUUUGUCUUUUUCAGAAGUUACCCUGAAGUGUUGCAGCAAUUUCUGAGCCUUAGAACAAUCUCCCCACAUUUGUUCUCUUUGCCAUCAGAUGUACAAAUAAAAUAUAUAUAUAUAUCCAACAAGAGCUUAAAAUAUUUGUUUUAUUUAAAAUAAACUCAUUCUGGAAGUG